AUGGCAAACGUCGAACAACCAGUUACUCAACUCGACUCAACAGAAAUCGCAGAAAUCGAAGAUGCGAAUAAGAAACGAAAAGCAGCGAGUACUGCAAUCCCGGAUGAAGAAGACCCAAACAAUGCGCGAAAAAAGAACCUUAAAGGCGAGAAACUGUAUAUAAACGAAGACCUGACAAAACUUAACCAAGAGGUGUUUCGAAGUGUACGACUGAAGAGGAAAGACCUCAUACAAUCGACAUGGACCAAUGAAGGCAGCAUAAAAUAUAGAGACUAUCAAGACCACUCACCGCAAACCACUGCCAACAACCAGCCAGCGCCGAUUAUGUUUUCUGCUUACCAGUCACCGCAAACCACUGCCAACAACCAGACAGCGACGACUAUGUCUUCUGCUAACCAGUCACCGCAAACUACUACCAACAACCAGCCAGCGCCGACUAUGUCUUCUACUAACCAGUCACCGCAAACUACUACCAACAACCAGCCACCGCCGACUACUUCUUCUGCUAACCAGUCACCGCAAACCACUACCAACAACCAGCCACCGCCGACUACUUCUUCUGCUAAACAGUCACCGCAAACUACUACCAACAACCAGCCACCGCCGACUACUUCUUCUGCUAACCAGUCACCGCAAACUACUACCAACAACCAGCCACCGCCGACUCCUUUUUCUGCUAAUCAGUCACCGCAACCUACUACCAACAACCAGCCAACGCCGACUACUUCUUCUGCUAACCAGUCACCACAAACUACUACCAACAACCAGCCACCGCCAACUACCGCUAACAAUCAACAUAUUCCAAAUAUAACUGCUACUACCGCCUUACAACCUAUGAACAAUUUCUAA